UUGUAUUUACGGAAAAGCGUUGACUCGAUUGGUUAAAAUCCGGUAAUCACAGGCCAAGGCGCUGAGAGUCUCAUGGCCUUUUCCUGUUCACGCUUGCUCCAACGGAGACGCGAACAAACAUAAUGCCAGAUAUGGAAACAUUUGAUGAUGUGGUUACUACCACAAACACGUUACCAGUUGCACUUUCUGCAGAGUUACCGGAGAUUAAAUUGUUCGGUCGCUGGAAUUGUGAUGAUGUACAAGUUAAUGAUAUGUCCUUACAAGAUUAUAUCGCUGUAAAAGAGAAGAACGCCAAAUAUCUUCCACAUUCAGCUGGACGUUAUGCAGCCAAACGUUUUAGGAAAGCUCAGUGUCCUAUUGUGGAACGUCUUACAAAUUCUUUAAUGAUGCACGGAAGAAAUAAUGGAAAAAAAUUGAUGGCUGUUAGAAUCGUAAAACAUGCUUUCGAAAUUAUUCACCUUCUUACGGGUGAUAAUCCUUUACAGGUUCUCGUAACAGCCAUCAUCAAUUCAGGACCUAGGGAAGAUUCCACGCGUAUCGGUCGUGCUGGUACAGUUAGGAGACAAGCUGUAGACGUUUCUCCAUUACGUCGCGUUAAUCAAGCUAUUUGGUUAUUGUGUACUGGCGCGAGAGAAGCAGCAUUCCGUAACAUCAAAACAAUCGCAGAAUGUUUAGCCGACGAAUUGAUCAAUGCUGCGAAAGGCUCGUCGAAUUCAUAUGCGAUAAAAAAGAAGGAUGAACUUGAACGUGUUGCGAAAUCCAACCGAUAAGCGCCAUACGUUUAUGAUACAUUUAAAUAAAUCUUAUGUUUAAAAAACAAAACAAAAA